AUGGCCAAGGCCGCAAGGGCAGGAGCGACGCCUUCCCUCGGUGGUCUCCUGGAGGAGAUCGUCAUCUGGGAGAUCCUCGUCCGCCUGCCCCCGAAAGCCCUCCUCCGCUGCCGCGCCGUCUGCCGCUCCUGGCGCAGUGUAACCUCCACCCAUGACUUUCUCCUCGCUCACCAUGCCCUCCAGCCCGCCCUCCCCCUCCUCGACAACGGCGAUUAUAUAGACCUCAUCAACAACUCCAUAGACAUCUGCUGCUUGAACAAUCGGCCAGGUCUUGCCGCCCCCGACCAGCUUCAGUCGGUCGCCUUAUUGAAACUGGGCGGCAACUUCGCCUACUCUCAUCCGGUUGCCUCCUGUGAUGGCAUCCUCAUCUUCUGCAUCGACGACAGCGACUUCUUCAUCUGCAAUCCGGCAACUCGUCAGUAUGCUCCCCUCCUGCUGCCUACGGAUCGUAGGUGGACGCUCCUGGGAAUGUACCCUCACACCCCUACCGGCGAGUACAGGCUGCUGCUCUACUCAUACAAGCCUAACCCAUACAAUGACGAUGAGCUAGCACCCGGUGGUCAAGUUUCGUGCCAUGUCUUGUCACUGGGCUCCGGCCAGCCUCCGAGGCGCAUCGGGUGUCCAGAUGUGAGUAUGCCGGAAUGUGAACAUCAUGUACUAUUCCGUGGUAACUUGCAUUGGUUCCCGUCACAUGAAGACAUUGAAGGCAAGAUGAUAGUGUUGUUCGACACCACAUCUGAGUCAUUACGAGAGAUGCGCGCUCCCGUUGCCGACUACGCUCACCUGUUCGAGGUAGACGGCAAGCUCGGCAUGGCCAUCUUGGAUUUUGUGCCGACUAUUGAUAUCUGGAUGUUGCAAAACUAUGAGAGGGAGGUCUGGGCCUUUAAUUGCCGGAUUGAAUUACCUGUUACAGAGAUCAGGGGGCAAUGCAAUAGGUAUGACGGUCCAUUGGAUUUGGAUGUGGUGGUCGUGCCUGGGGAUGGUGAGUUGCUCAUGCUGGUCAAAUUUGCCGAGUGGCUAAUUCGGGUUGGUAUGGAUGGCAAGCUGGUCGCCGCGUUCCAUCGCAAAGAAGUUGAUCCUACUUAUUUUCAGCUGAAGCAAAGUCUUGUUCCACAUAACUUCUUUCCAACACUAGAUGGUUAUGUUGUGAAUGCUCUGCCUUUCAUCUGA